AUAAAAAGUUGGGAAGAGUGUGUCGCUGUGUCGGGAUGAAGCGUGUGCCAUAGAAAAUGAGGUGACUUCCAACAGCAAACAUUUAUGCGUUUCUCUCUCUUGUGUUCUUUUCUCUUCCAUCUUCAGUCUCAGCUUGUCGCCUUACUUGUCUCACUAUCAUUUUCAUUUUUCAAUGGCGUCCUUCAUUGAUCUUGAAGAUUCUCCUAUGUUUCACAAGCAGGUUUCUUCAUUGGAACAAACUACUGAUGAACUGAAAGAUCGUUGUCAGAGGCUUUUCAAAGGAUGCCAGAAUUUUCUGGCUUCCCUCUCUGAAGCUUAUGAUGGGGACACCACAUUUGCAGAUGCUUUGGAGUUCUUUGGAGGACAGGAAGAUCCUUUAAGUUUAUCAAUAGGAGGUCCACUAAUAUCCCGAUUUAUCGGUGCAUUUCGAGAGCUUGCAACUUAUAAAGACCUUCUUCGUUUGCAGGUGGAGCAUGUUUUAGUUGACCGUCUCAAACAAUUUAUAUCUGUUGAUCUACAAGAUGUAAAGGAUUCCCGUCGGCGAUUUGACAAAUCUAUCUAUGUCUAUGAUCAGGCCCGUGAAAGAUAUGCCUCUCUAAAGAAGAGUACACGUGAGGACGUAGUUGCUGGAGUGGAAGAGGAGCUCCAGAAUUCCAAAUCAGCAUUUGAGAGAACACGUUUUAGUUUGGUGAAUUCUCUAAUGAACGUUGAAUCAAAAAAGAAAUAUGAGUUUUUAGAGUCCUUCAGUGCAAUUAUGGAUGCCCAUCUAAGAUAUUUUAAGCAGGGAUAUGAUUUAUUAAGUCAAAUGGAACCCUUGAUACAUCAGGUGUUGACGUAUGCACAGCAAUCAAAAGAGGUCACAAAUUCUGAGCAGGAUAAACUCGCUAGAAGAAUUCAGGAGUUUAGGACUCAAGUCCAAAUGGACAAUUUACGUGCUGCAAGUAACGCGGAAGCCUCAAUAAGCAUCAACAGUUCUCGCCCUGUUGGUAUGGGCUCCUCCUACAAGGAUAUUGAGGCACUUAUGCAGUCGACUACAAAUGGAAUGGUCCAAACUAUCAAGCAAGGUUAUCUCCUAAAACGUUCUUCAAGCUUGAGGGCAGAUUGGAAGAGGCGUUUCUUUGUGCUUGACAGUCGUGGAACAUUAUAUUAUUACAGAACCAAGGGCCCCAAACCUGUGGGUCCUUACUCAAAUCAAUCAAUUGCUAGUGGAGAACAUAGCAACAGUGUGUUUGGUAGAUUUAGGGCAAGGCAUAAUAGAACGUCAUCAUGGAGCGAAGAAAGCCUAGGUUGUCGUACCGUUAAUCUCCAUACAUCAACAAUUAAAAUUGAUGCAGAGGACACAGAUCUCCGACUUUGCUUUAGAGUGAUUUCUCCAUCAAAAUCAUAUACAUUACAGGCUGAAACUGAGGCAGAUAGAAUGGAUUGGGUCAACAAAAUAACUGGAGUUAUUACUUCGCUUUUGAAUUCUCAUCUUUUGGAUCAGAAUAAUAUUCAGGAGUCAAUUAUCCCAGUGGAUGAAAAGCUUAACUCAAACUCUCCUGCUGAUGCUAUGAUAAAUCUUCCCAUAUCACAUAGUCGAAAUUUGAGCAGUGAUUUGGAGAAGCUCACAGUUGGCGUGUCCGGACUCCUAAGAGAAAUUCCUGGAAACGAUCAUUGUGCAGAAUGCAGUGCUGCUGGACCAGAUUGGGCCUCUUUGAAUCUUGGCAUCUUGAUGUGUAUCGAAUGUUCAGGUGCCCAUCGUAAUCUUGGUGUUCACAUCUCAAAGGUCCGAUCUAUAACUUUGGAUGUCAAGGUUUGGGAGUCAACAAUCGUGGAAUUAUUUCAAGCACUUGGUAAUGCUUUUUGCAAUUCUGUAUGGGAGGAACUAUUGUUAGCUGACAAUGAGAGAAAUGAUGACUCAGAUUGUUGUACCAAAUCUAUUGUGAAACCAUCUUCACACGACUCUUUCAGUAAAAAGGAGAAAUAUGUCCAGAUGAAGUAUGCAGAAAAAAAGUUAAUUAAUGCAAAUGGAAUUGAUGCUGGCCGUGGUUCACGUGCCAAUGCUCUGUGGGAAGCAGUUAGAUCUAAUAACUUGCAUCAAGCCUAUCGUCUAAUUGCUGUGUCAGAUAACAGCAUCUUGAAUACAACAUUUGAGGAGAUACAAAGUGCCGACUCAUUUAGAUUGGAAGAAAGCUUGGGAAAAUCUGGUCACAAGCUGGAUCCAGCUUCAUGCCCAAGAGUAAAGGCUGGUGAGCCUCAAAAUUGCCUACGUGGUUGUUCGUUGCUGCACUUGGCAUGCCAUGUUGGCAAUGCUGUGAUGAUUGAACUCUUGCUGCAAUUUGGUGCUGAUGUUAAUAUGCGUGACUUUCAUGGAAGGACUCCUUUGCACCACUGUAUUGCCAAGAAGGAUAAUAAUUUGGCAAAAUAUCUUCUAAGAAGAGGUGCAAGAACACUUAUUAAGGACUGGGGAGGAUUAACAGCACUGGAACGAGCAAUGGAGCUCGGAUCAAUCACAGAUGACGAGCUCUUCAUUUUGCUUUCUGAGAAUGAAUGAGCGAAAUUUCAAUGCCCCAGUGUUACUGUAUUUAUCUGGCUUGUGUGUAAAUGCAAACCAUGUAAAUUACUUUACACGUAAAAUGUCAAAGAUGAAAUGUAUAUGCAAGGAUGCAUCAUAUAAACAAAUCAAGUAAACUCCUGUUUCCCACCAUUGAUUUACAGGAUGGAUGCUUUUUACAUUUAGGUAGUGUUGUUGUAGCUGAUUUUUACAAUGUGGUGCAAAGGUGAGCUGAUUGUAAGUACAGUCCCUUACCGACUCAAUUCUUUUAGUUAUUAUGUAUUAGAUCGGAUGCACAAAGUCGAAAGCUUUACCCCAUGAAUAGACCUGGGAAAACGGUCGGUCAGACAGGUUACAGGUCGGGUCACUCUCGGUUCCAGUCUUGUAUGAGAAGUGGUCAUAGCAUAUUCAGAAACAAAGGUGGCUAUCUCCAAUAUUUUGAAUAGCUAAGCAAGUAUCAAAAUUCCACUGAUUUACACGGAAUACCUAUGCUGUUCGUUGCUGUAUUUUUCAAUCUGAACAAAGUGUUCUAUAAGAUGUGCUUGACAACCUCUCUAUUUUGAGUUGGAAGUACUUCACUUUCAGGGUGAAUUAGAAAUGUCGUAUCUAAUGAUUGUUGUGAAUUUAGCUGACAUGUAUUGCUUGGUCGAGAGAAAUAUUGCAAUUGGUAUUUGUUCAUAUUUUUAUCAUGACAGCGUCGUAUAUUGGAAAAUAGAAGUCUUUGAUCAAGCACACACCAACAUGGUUGUUUAGCAAUCGAUAACACCACCCUAUUUUGUAUGCAACUUACAUUGAUAAGAAUUUAGAAGGUUAUGAACUUAUUAUAUGUUGUUUAUCAAUAGUUUGACAUUCCCUCUAUCUUUGCGCACUAGGAUUGAAAAAGCUCUGACAUAUUGGAGUUUUACGGUGCAAACUUAAAGACAUACUAAACUAGAGUUUGAUUUGAACCAAACUUGCACAAAAUCAACAGUAAUAAUAAUUUCAAACCACAUCAAAGCAUGAUGAGAUUACCAAGCAGGAGUUGCACAUCCGUAUAGCAUUAGUCUUUAGUCUGUAGUUCAGCUCUUAAAGCUCUGAUAAGGCUAAAACGAGCCAAAUUAGGACAAUGAUGUUGUAUGCUUUGCCUUAUCUAACGUCUUAGGCAGAUUUUUAUCACAGAGAUUUGUUCACAUGAAUAAUAGACAAUUACAUUAACUUU